AUGCCCAUGGAGAAACUGCCAUUCAGUAUUCGAAGCCGUCGGAGCUGCGGCACGAAAUCCCUCAGCUCACGUGCGGAAAUGACGUCUGCCACGUCCGACACUCGGGCCCAGGCCCCUUGGACAGUCUUCCUCAGCACCCGAGCAGCUGCUGCCAUGGAAUCGACGUUUGGAGUUUUCUUGUACUUACUUUCAAGCAUGCAGAUUGACAAGAACAAAGAGCGAGGAGAUGACAACUCCGGUCGUUAUGUCAAGCGACGAGUCAGCAUGGACGUCGACGUGGACAGAUUCAUAGCCUAUCGGUUGUCCGAGAACAGGAGUGUUAUCGGUUCCCCUCUGUUGGAGCUGGGAAGGGCUGGAUUUUGCCAAUACGCACGUGGCAGCUUCCAAUGGGAGUGGUUUUGCUAUGCAGAGGUGGCAGCUCAGGAGUUCAAUCUCAGAACCCCAGCUCGUCAUGUCAACUUGAACAAACGCUGGCCGAAGCUCACCCGGGUACUGGGUAGCCCCCCUUUGGUUCCGCCGGUGGUGUCAGCGUUCGAGUGCCUGGUGAACUUAAUUUCCGGGCGCCAAAAUGCAAACGUGCGAUAUGACCAGAUGACUUGGGGGGGAGGCUGCCUCAUACAAAGAAUUAUCAAGGGAGCACGGAUGUGGUUAUCAUGCACGGCCUACCGGAAUGUGCAUGACGCCGGAAUGUGA